AUGGCGCUGCGACGAAUGUUGUUACAAAGCUCGACAUCCUUCGUCAAGACGGCAGGACGACCUGCACAGUCUCGCUUCUAUUCAAGCAGCUCAAAGGAGGAAGAUUUUGUUACGCUUCAUCCGAGCGGCAAGCCUCACAUUGUUCAUACUCCUGUGGUUGCCGUAAGCGACGACUUGGACGACGACGACGAAGAGGAUACAGUGGCAAUUGGACCAUCAGGGACAGAGUACGGUGGACCUACGCGUGGUGGAAAACUCAAAGAGCCCACGAGAUAUGGAGAUUGGGAGCGUAAGGGCCGAUGCUCGGACUUUUAA